AUGUCACCUUUCGGUGGAGAUGGAACAUCGAGCUCUGCAGAAAAGAGGAGAAGGAAAAUUAUUGAGCUUGAGGAGAUGUGGUUGCAUGCCUAUGAUUCUUCCAAGAAUUACAAAGAAAAGGUGAUAUUUUAUCAUGACAGGAAGCUGGUAAAAAAAGUCUUUAAUUCAGGACAGCGGGUGCUGCUGUUCAAUUCACGACUAAAGCUUUUCCUUAGAAAUUUGAAGUCCAAGUUGUAUGGUUCGUUUAUGAUCAAGAAUGUCCUUCCACAUGGAGCAUUAGAGUUAAUAGAUCCACCCUUUGAAGACCCACAAAGAAGUUGGGUAGUCAAUGGACAACGUCUUAAGCAUUAUUUGGGGAGUGAGGUGGAACGCCUUUCCACAAUCAUGGAAUUGGUUGAUCCAGAUUGA